CACUGGUAACUGUCAGUGUGGACAGACUGCAGCGCUUUCCCUACUUAGCUGUACGAAGACAGGUUUAACUCCCAGCGCUGUACAGCUGCAAGUGUAGCCAUGCCCUUAGAGAGAAGUUGAGGCUUUGAUGGUUAGGGCAUGUGAAAAAAAGAUCGGACGAAUAUAUAGGAAACAGGAUGUUAAACUUAGAAGUGGAGGGUAAGGGAAGGGUUGGAAAACCCAAACCUAGGAGGAUGCAUGUCAUACAAAAGGAUUUCAUUAGCUGCAGCCUAGCCAAGAAACUUCAAGACAAUGGAAUAGAGAAGAAGGACUCAAAGAGCCGACCCUAUAUAGCUGGAAUUAAGGCUAGAAGAAAUGGAUGGAGGCUGAGGACACGUGGCUGGAAACUGAAGCUUGGAGAGGCAGAAGAGAAUUGCUAGCUGGAGAAUAGGAGUGUGGAUCUGGUCAAAUAACAUCGCCUCCAUUUACAAAUGUGCCCAUCAGGCCAGUGCUGAAGCCUUCUCCAUCUGCUGCUCAAAGCUUUUCUCCUGCAGCUGCAGUAUCUUGGCAACCUGACAGCACUGGGCAGAGAGCUUGAGAGUCAUUUAAAGCUCUCUCCAGCUGAAGAGUGAGGGUUUGAGCAGAGCAGAUAUGAUUAUUUCCCCAGCCCUGCUCCAAGUCUCUUAACCAGUCUCUAUUCUCCAAGUGCUAGGCAGGCACCUUCCGCCCUACAUUUACUGUUAGUUUCUACUUGUAAACUCUGAGUGCUAAGAUCUGAUAUGUCUAGAAUUCUGUAAUGUCUGAAAUGUCAGCACUUAAAAUUUACGAGUAGAAAACUUGAUGGGGUGGCAGGAGAGGGAGGAAAUUGAGUAACAGAGGGUAGUGGGCAAAGAGGGGAUCUUCCCAAGAUCUCCCAGAGGGGAGCUAUCGUCAUGCACCCUUGGGUCAUGCACAGGAAGGGAGCUGUUCUCCUGCAGACUGUGGGAAAUCCAGCAGGAAUCACUGUGUAACUGGAGUAGGGAGCUCCCAGAUACCUGCAUUGAAAGCAUCCUGUGCCAUGCUCCAUCUUGCUCAGCAUAUUACCUCAUCCUCAAGUGAGAAUGUAGGCGAAUGUCAGUUUGGGUUAAAGGGAAUCGCCUCUCAGCAGUGCUAAGUCCAGCGGUUACACCUGGCUUUAAAAAAUGUCAGUUCCGUUUUUUACCUAAAGUUCUCUGCAGAGCAAUGGUUCUAGGAACGGGCUGUAAACUCAGUGCUGUCAGGGCAUUUGCAUUUAAACAAUGAGAUCCUUCAGCUUCCUCCAGUGCUGGGAACCAGGAGAUCAUAGCAGCCUGGGCUAGUCCCUGAGACAUAGAAAGGGAAAACUAGAGUACAAGAGAAGGAGCCUCAGGAGCCAGCUCCCAUGGUGAUGGAGGUGGGAUACAGAGGGAACUAGCAGCGGAGAGUAACCCUGCCCAGCUCAGCAUGCUGGGAAAGGCACAGAAACCGCCUCAGUGGGGACAAGUGCAUUAGGUCUAAAUGUUUGCUUGGUCCCUAACCCAAGGGGCAAGUGGUGUUUCGUGGCUGCAUCUCUUUAAGGCCAUGCCUACACUGCAGGUGCUACAGCAGCACAACUGUGGUGCUGUACCUUCGUUGCUGUAGUGCCAUAGUGUAGACACUUCUCAGAGCAACUGAAGGGGUCGUUCUGGCACUGUAGGUAAUCCACCUCCUUGAGUGGCGGUGGCUAGGGCCACAGAAGCAUUCUUCCAUCUGCACCGGGGGUGGGUUGGCAUACAGUGCUCAGGGACAGGAAUUUUUCACAGCUACAUGGUGAAAACGUUUAAGCAUAGACCGGGCCAAAGAAAAGCACUUGUCUGCAGAGUGGCACUGUGACUCUCAGUGCAGUGCUCCGUCAUUGCACAACUACCCCCAGGUCUCCUUUUAACCAGCAAGUGGUGGACUGAGUUUGCACCCAGGCCCAGACUCCCCAGAGGUGUCCGUGACUCUGCUCGGUUAGGACUGAAGUUGGAGUCCUGUACUCAAGAGGGUGCUGUGGGUCUCACUCUGUGGAAAGCUGCUGCAGGAGCAUACACUGUUGCAGUGUUAAUCAGGAGACUGGGUUGAAGUAGGGGUCCCCUGUGCAGACUCCUUCCUGCUUAUGCCCUUUUCCAGCACCAUCAGAUGCACUUUUUAGUAGUCAAGACAAGUGGGAGCUUAGAAUCCAUUCACUGUUCAGUGGAAGGGCUGGGAUCUGCAGUCCUGACCCCUUCCCAGAACUGGACCAUGGGGCUGGAGGUGUCCCUCUUUGGUUUGGUUCCAGCUCUGCUCCCUCCCGGGGCAGAAUGAAUGGCACUCAUCUCUGCAGGGACCUUGUAACCCAGAUGGAGGCCAGAUCAUACCCAACACCUUUCCCUCCCUCCUGUCCUAGCCAUGGUCAGCAACCCCUGGGAGAGUGGGGGGGGGGAGCGUGAAAUUGGAGCAUCCUUGAGGUGCUCGGUAUAUUGGCAGGUAGGGAGCAAUGUUGUACACCCCUCAGUGGGGCUGAGUAUAGUGCCUCCACAGCAUUCCCACCCCCAGCUGCCUUGGAAGGCAGAGACUGGCUGCAAAUCCAGGCUGGUGUCUCCUGCAUGGAGAGAACUGCCCCUAGCUGUCCUCAGGUGCAGGGUUGGGACUUGUCUCCUAUCUGCCAGCUGGUCCAGUAUGGGAUGUCCCCAAAUCUAGGUGUUCUGCCUCAUCACUCAUGAACAACUCCUGAACCACCAGACAAGCCCUUCAGGCUUCUCACCAUCCCACUUCUCCUUUUUUGCCUUGCACGGGGGUUUCCUUGCCCUGCAUUGGCCUCUAAUGUUGUAAUAUCCAGUAUAGGUCUCCUGGCAGCAGCACCCCAUGUUAGCUUUCCCAUGUGUCCCCCUCUUUCUCUCUGAUGCCCCUCACAACAGUACCCGUUGAGUCCCCCCAGAGCUCCCUCACAGCAUCCUUCCCUGCAGAGAGUGGUAGUACCCAGCCCUGACUGGGGCUUGCGGACCUUGUAGGAGGUUUGACGAGAGCCCCUCCCCCUUUAAUUGCUGGUUUUUGUGUUAACAGCCACUGCUCGGGGCACCCCCAGUCACUAUGGACACCUUUUUUAAAAGGCACUUCAGGAGGAAGGUGUCGUCGUUGGGUUCCCAGCGUGCCAGCGUUGUGUCAGUGCCCACUGGCAAAGCCAGGCGGCGCUCCAUGGUGGGCAUGCCCUCGGCCUCACUGGCACAGCGCCGCCGCAGGUCCAGUACCCAGCUGCAGAGCUUUUCCUGCCUGGGCUCCCCAGACAAGGGCAGCAUGAGCCCCCGGCGUCGCUCCAGCACCACCCCGCCCCACCUCAGCCCCAGGUUUGCUGUCCAGAAGAAGCGCGGGGGCCAGGUGCACACCAUCGAUACCCAACUCAUGGGCCCCUCCAUGCUACUGGCCAGCCUCAUCCAAGUAAGCGAGGCAGAGGAAGGGAGGCGGAUGGCCUGUGCCGAAGGCUCUGGAUCCGAGUCGCCCUGGGAGGAGCUAAAGGAGGGCUGUGGCAGGGAGGAGACUGUCGCCUCAGGAGCCAGGUUGGAUCGGCGUGAGCUGCAGGCUAAGCUUCCCCCAAGGAGCAGGAGCCCUACCCUGCACCCUAUCGGCAUGAGGUCUCUCCUGCGAGCUCCAGGCUGCCUGCGCCGCCGCUCCACCCACCUCCUGCCUGCAGAUUUUGUGUACAGCAAGGCAGCCUGCGGGCUGCAGGGCUAUUACCGACGCCUCAGCCAGCCACGGCUCUCAGGGGAGAUCCCCAGGCCAGGCGCUCUGCUCCCACCAUGCAGAGCACGGCUGGUUGCCAAGAGAUGGAAGGUUCCUACUAGAGCCAGGCGGCCAUCAGAAACCAUAUAUGAAUGCUUGGGAACUGAGCCUGCCUAUGGCAACUAUGCCAGUGCCUUCCCUAAAGCCUGGAGCCCCCAGCUGCUGAAAGCCAUCGCCAAGUCCGGCCUCCAGCACAUGGUAGCCCAGCCGAACCCCACACUAGCCCUGAGGAGUGAAUCAGAGAGGCAGAUCCGCAGCACUGUGGACUGGAGUGAAACUGCAAUCUACGGGGAGCACAUCUGGUUUGAGACCAGCGGCUCUGGGGAUUUCUGCUAUGUAGGGGAACAGAACUGUGUGGCCAAGAUGCUGCAGAAACCUCUGACCAGACGCAAGUGUGCAGCCUGCAAAAUUGUAGUGCAUACGCCCUGCAUAGAACAGCUGGAGAAAAUAAAUUUCCGCUGCAAACCUUCCUUCAGGGAGUCGGGAUCAAGGAACGUUCGGGAGCCCAUAGUCGUCCGGCAUCACUGGGUGCACCGGAGACGCCAGGAAGGGAAGUGCCGGCAGUGCGGAAAGGGUUUCCAGCAGAAGUUUGCCUUUCACAGCAAGGAGAUUGUAGCCAUCAGCUGUUCCUGGUGUAAACAAGCGUAUCACAGUAAGGUGUCGUGCUUCAUGCUGCAAUGCAUCGAGGAGCCGUGCUCGCUGGGGGCUCAUGCUGCUGUCGUCGUCCCGCCGACCUGGAUUCUGCGGGUCCGACGCCCCCAGAAUCCACUGAAGUCCAGUAAGAAAAAGAAGAGGACGUCGUUCAAGCGGAAAUCCAGCAAAAAGGGGGCAGAGGAGGGGCGAUGGAAACCCUUUGUCAUCAAGCCUACGCCAGCCCCACUCAUGAAGCCCCUGCUGGUGUUUGUGAACCCCAAGAGUGGUGGGAAUCAGGGAGCCAAGAUCAUCCAGUCCUUCAUGUGGUAUCUCAACCCACGACAAGUCUUUGAUCUCAACCAGGGCGGCCCCAAAGAGGCGCUGGAGAUGUAUCGGAAAGUGCACAACCUGCGGAUCCUGGCGUGUGGGGGGGAUGGCACGGUGGGGUGGAUCCUCUCCAUCCUGGACCAGUUACGUCUGAAUCCCCCUCCUCCUGUAGCCAUCCUCCCUCUGGGGACAGGGAAUGACCUGGCCAGGACUCUGAACUGGGGCGGGGGUUACACGGACGAGCCCUUGUCAAAGAUCCUCUCUCACGUGGAGGAGGGAAACAUUGUGCAGCUCGACCGCUGGAAUCUCCAGGUGGAGUCAAACUCCGAGGUGAACCCUGAGGAAAAAGACGAGACGGCCACAGACAAGCUUCCCCUCGAUGUCUUCAAUAACUAUUUCAGCCUCGGCUUUGAUGCUCGCGUGACACUCGAGUUCCACGAAUCUCGUGAGGCCAAUCCAGAGAAAUUUAACAGCCGGUUUCGGAAUAAAAUGUUCUAUGCUGGGACGGCGUUUUCCGACUUUCUUACGGGCAGCUCCAAAGACUUAGCGAAGCACGUCAAAGUGGUGUGUGAUGGGACAGACCUGACCCCCAAGAUCCAGGACCUGAAGCCCCAGUGCCUUGUCUUUCUGAACAUUCCGAGGUACUGUGCGGGCACCAUGCCCUGGGGCAACCCUGGGGAGCACCAUGACUUCGAGCCCCAGCGCCAUGACGAUGGCUGCAUUGAGGUCAUCGGCUUCACCAUGACAUCCCUGGCUGCCUUGCAGGUGGGUGGACAUGGAGAGCGGCUGCACCAGUGCCGGGAGGUGAUGCUCACCACAUCCAAGGCCAUUCCUAUGCAGGUGGACGGGGAGCCGUGCAAGCUGGCACCCUCCUGUAUUCACAUCUCCCUGCGCAACCAGGCCAAUAUGGUGCAGAAGACCAAGCGACGCAACUCCAUGCCCCUGCUCAAUGACCAGCAACCAGUGCCCGAGCGGCUGCGAAUCCGGGUGAACCGAAUCAGCAUGCAUGACUAUGAGGCACUUCACUACGACAAGGAGAAGCUCAAGGAAGCCUCUGUGCCCCUGGGGAUCAUUGUGGUUCCGGGAGAUAGUGACCUGGAGGUCUGUCGGACCCACAUCGAGAGGCUGCAGGAGGAUUUUCUUCCAUGCCCUUCUUCUUUACAGUGCCUGCUCCUUCAGGAAGGAGAUGGAGCCAAAUUAAAGACACUUUCAUCCCAGAAGCUGUCUCCCAAGUGGUGUUUCUUAGACUCAACUACAGCUGAUCGGUUUUACAGGAUAGACCGCGCACAGGAGCACCUCAACUACGUGACGGAGAUCUCCCAGGACGACCUCUUUGUGCUGGACCCGGAGCUGGUGAUCACCCAGACCGUGGGCACCUCGCCCGCCAUGCCUGACCUCGUUGACUCGUCCUCCACACCCACAGGGCACCAUUUUGCUUUCCCUUCUUCCUCAUCCUCUCCACCCUCCUCACCAGCCCUCAGCUCAGAAGCAGGGGGCUGCCCCUGCCGUGAAGAUAACGCCUUGAUAGCUGCUGCCAAAAGUAAUGAUUUCCAGAAGUUCCGAGAGCUGCACCAGGUGGGAGGGGACCUGAUGAUGCGAGACUCCUCAGGUCAGACCGUGCUACACCAUGCUGUCAAAUCGGGGAGCAAGGAGAUUGUCAAGUACGUCAUUGAGAAUGCCCCUGCAGAGAUCCUUGAUGCGACAGAAGAAGAGAAUGGUGAGACAAGCUUGCAUCAGGCGGCCGCUCUGCGCCAGCGCACUAUCUGCCACUACAUUGUGGAGGCUGGGGCUUCACUCAUGAAAACAGACCUGCAGGGAGACACCCCCAAGCACAGAGCCGAGAAGGCCAACGACCCUGACCUGGCUGCCUACCUCGAAAAUCGACAGCACUACCAGAUGAUCCAGCGGGAGGAUCAGGAGACAGCUGUGUAGUGCUCAGUGUGCCUUACCCCGCGGUCCUGCCAGUGCGGGCAGGACAGGAGGGCGACUGCCAUGCUGCAGGUCCGGCCCAGCCCUUCCCGGAUCUCUACUUAGUCCCAGAGGAGGGGGAAGAGGUGGCAGCAGCUCUGACCCAGGCCUGGCUGAAGCUGUAUUCAUUUGUAUGGUGGACAUUUGGGACUCAGAGCCUGGCUCGCUCUCCCCCGCCAUCUCCCACCACAUUCCAUACACCCUGCACUGGAUGGAUCUGCUCCGGCAGCUCUCCCACCCGCGCACCCUACAGGAGCCAGCUCCACAGCUGGGGAGAGAUGGAGCCUCUGUGCUGCCCCUGUAAGUGGGAGUUAGUGAUGACUGGUGCCCUCUCAACAGACUCAGUAGCCCUUGUGGGCUCUUGUUGUUCAGCCUCCACCUGCCUGCCCCAGUCAUGGCUCCAUGUGCUGCCUUUCCACUGGACUCAUCGCCACUAGUACCACCCCUACCCACCCUCAGGAGCCUACCCCCAGAACCUGCCCACACCACUCCCUGGGUCAGCCACAGGGGGUCACCAGAGAGCAGCCCGGCUCCUGCAGUGGCACUAGCUCUGCUGUCCAGACUGCAGAAUAAUUGGGGAUGUUUUGGGGCCUGGGACAAGUUGACUGCUAUCCAGUUGACAUACCACCUCCUACUCCUACUUCCUCCCUUUGCCCUGAGUCUCUCUGCCCCCGACAGCUGGAGGGGACCCCUGGCAUGUCCAGUGGAGCCAUGCCCAUAAAUCUGCCCUGAGUUCCAAGCAAGCUGUCUGCUUCUUGAAACUGGACCCAGGUGCCACAACAAAAUUUCAGCCAUGUGCCCGGGUCUCCCAUGCUUCCUCCUCCUGGCACUCCCCCCACUCUUUCCUGAUUCCUCUCCCCAACUUCAUCCGCUGCCUCCCCUUCCUUCACAUGUGUUUCUAAUUUGCUGAACACCAGCAUGCUUGAAGUGUGGAUAAAAAAAUGUGCUGCUUACGCAGCAGGGAGGCUGCCAGGCUGAGGAGGGAGCUUGUAUCUAACCUUAGUACAGGGUUCCUGCCGCGCCAGCACCCGCAUUGGAAACACUUGCCCUGAACCCUUUCAGCAUUGGGGAGGCCUCUUGUGUUUGGAGUGUGCCAUAGACCAGAUACUCCCGUACCGAGAGUCCCAGGGAGCCAGAUCCAGCAUCUGGUACGAGCACCCCAGGGCCUAAGAGCUACAGCUCCUAGAGGUAAGGGAUAGAUGAGACCCUGUCUAGCCCUCUGGCCCCAUGGCCAGGGCAGGAGUAGUCCCUACAGUCUAUUCCCAGGGCUUUGCCCAAGCAGUAGGGCUCGCACGCCAGGCCCCUAUCAGCAUGGUUCACAAGAUGCAGCCUGUCCCCCUUUGCCGAGCUCUCCCUACUCCUCCACCUUGCUCCCUGCGGGGCCCUGCAUAAUUCCACCCACUGUCUGGGCCGGGGCCCCCAGUUCUCUGUGUGUGGCCCCUCCUGUCUGCCCUGAGCUGCUUGGAGCUCCGUGCUCACCCAGCACCGCGCGCCUGCCCCAUUGCUGUCACUUCAUUUGCCUUCAUUUCAACAGAUACACAAAUAAAGAAGGGGAGGGGGAGCUACCUCCCUGCAAUGGCCCCGAUCCCAGGCAGAGGCAGUGCAGUCUGCCCCAAACAUUCCAGAACAAUGAGGCUCCCUCCUCUGCCUCGGGGGGAGCUCUCAUCCUGGGACCUGGGAGACUUAUCAAGCAGGUAGCCAGCUGGCCUGCACUUGGCUUUGUGCUGGGGUGGGUGCAGCAGCCUUAAAUAGUCCAGGGCUGUUUGGGGUGUGACCCUUCACACUGCGCCAGUGUCUGACCCUGCCAGAGCACGGGAGCUGGGAGCUGGCUGAAGGAGGGCAGGCUGUUACCAGGCCUGUCCGGACCAGAACUUGAGUAGUUCAGGGGUGAAUCUGGUGUGGAGCACAAGUAGUGAAAGAUGAAGGCUCAGUGGGUCAUGUUGUACCCUGAAGCAGCCAGGAGGUGACUGCCUUCUGGUGAGUCCAUCUCAGCCUUGGGUUCCUAGGCGGCUCUGAGAAACAAGGCACCAGGGAGCUCCACUUGCCCAGCAGGUCUUUGACCACUGGGGCUGUGGGAGCCUGUGCUCGAAGCUCAGGGAGAGGGGCUGGUGUUCCUUAGCACCCUUCUGUUUUGUUUACAGAGGGCGGGAACCUGCUUUUUAGUUUGUUUUCAGUAGCUAAUUGUACCUGGCAUGGGUGGAAGGAGAGCAGGAUUGGGGCCAGGAAGGCCCUGGAUCCACUUCUCCCCCCUCCCCCCUAUUAUUCCUGUUGGGGUGGAGCUUAUGUCUUUGGGGGCUGCUCUGGUACAGAACUGGUUGCUGUGAUCUGUCCUAAUUAACCUGCUGUAUCAGUACUAUGAUGACAGGGGUGUUGGGUCUCUGCUGCUGCCAGGGAUUCCCCCUCCUGUGCUGUGUGCCCAUCCUCUGCAUGGUCUUGACUGACACCCACCCACCCCCUAGGUGAAGAUAGAACCAUAUGGUGAAAACCAACACACGCCUGGCCACCACAGGCACAAUCAUUGAUGAGUUGCAAGCCAGAUGCCCCCAGUUCUGAGGCAGAGGGAGGAUUUGGAUCUGCAGGAGAUGUAUGGGACACCAGCAAACAACCAGCACAUGUUCUGGUGGGGGGGGGGAGGCGGCGGGGGAGGGGAACAGGACUUUCUUGCAUCCAGCCGUGCCCUGGGGCACAAAGGGGCCAGAGUGACCCAUCUCUCCAGAUGCUUGCGGGAGGGGGAAUGGCAGUUUACCAAGCUUGUACCCAGCAUCCAUAAAGUGAGUGCUGCUCUCCUAUGCAGGAGCGCAGCAGCCCCUGGGAACUGAAGGCCCUGGCUUGCACUGUGGGCAAGCUGUUUGGGUCAGGUGGGCCAUCAUGGGCCUGCCGUUGUGCAUUAAAGAGGAAGGUGAUUCUGAACCAGUUUAGGCUGUUGGUCAUGUGCUGGGCACCAUGGAGGAUGCUGCCUGAUGGAUGGAUCUCCAUGUCCAUCUCUCUCACACAUGCAGAGGGUCAGGGUAAAGGGCCUCAUCAUCCAGCUAUGGCUGCUCAUUAGCCAACAGCAGGACAGACACUAUGUCUCUUUAAUGGCACAAAUUGCUCGCUCUCUGCUGGGACACUGAGCCUGGCCUGGAAGCAUUUACACCCUGAGCCCAUCCUCUCGUUCCCCGUUUUGUACGCACUCUUAGUCUUUGUACAGGUAGUUCAAACACACGCUGACCACUUCCCCCGUGUGUGUGUGUGUGUGUGCGCGCGCCCAUGAGCUGAGUUGCUGUGCAAUUCCAAGCCUGGCUUGUUUUUAUGUAAGGAGGAGAGUAUUUUGUAAUACUGGAGGGUGGAGAUUCUGUGCAAUGCCCGGUUCCUGUCUCCUAGACUCAUUAGGACUGUAUAUUUGUAACUCUGUUGGGACUGCAGCUCUGGCAGGCCGAGUGCUUGGGCAGCAGCCUGUGUUCCCAUCGCUUUUCAUCUUUGACAGUUUGGAUGUUGUCGUUUCUUGCCAUUAAAAUAAAAAGAUGAACAUUUUACUGAC